AUGCUUUGGGUGGCUGUCGUGUGUUUGUCAAUUCUGCACUUUAAUUGUGUUGAAGCUGAAGGCGAAUGCACUGACCUACAUGGUCGGCUUGUGACCAGUGGCUUACAUUAUAUCCCAGGCCCUGACACCUGCACCCUUUGCAUAUGUGACAAUGGACAGCCAAGAGUAUGCAAAGCCGUCCUAUGUUCUCCUCCACAGGAUUGUAGAUCGUUUCGAGUGGGAAGUACAUGUUGCGAAUUCAUCUGCCUGGAUGAUGUUGUCAAGCCUGCAGAGACGCAUGAGGCCAACUUUCGCCUGGUUGGUGGGGGCGUGGGAGGCAUAGUUUUAAUCACUAUUGCCUUCUCUGUCUAUAGGGUUCGCAAACAGAAAAGACGACAGCCCCCGCAUAUUGAUGAUCGAGGAAGCUUGACUAGUAUAGGAUACAUAAGUGGAAGCAUGGGCUGCAUGGGUGGUGCAUGUGAGCCUGGGCCAGGCGCUUGGAAACCUCCAGGCCAUUACCUGCCACGCGGCGAAGCCCCCCCACCGUACGAGGAAGCCAUGGCGCAGUGUCGAUCCGAUCAAAUACGAUUCAGCGAGUCCUUGAUUCGCCCGGCAUAUCCCAACAAUUUGGACGCAAUUGCGAGGCCAGAAGAUUCCAUUCAGUGUGUGGGGCAUGGAUAUGUUAAUCUGACUAGACCUGUCGCACAGAUUCCGAACACCCAGAGCUGCUUUACGGCUCCAUUGCUGCAGCCUGUUCACAACCCAGAGAAUCGGGAAAACAACAUCAUUCCUCAUCAUCCAAUACCACCACCAAUUGGUCGGGGUUUAUUUCGCCUGACGGGAUCUCUGGGUACAAUAAGCAACCGAGCUCUAAGUGUGGCAAGAGAUGAGCACGAAAGACCACACAACGUGCCAGGCUUCUACACCACGCAUACUGCACUACACCGUACAAUACCGCGUAUUUCGACCGCAACCGAUACUAGUGCGUUAGACGCGACGUGUUUCAGUCGAAGCGAGCGUGCGUGCGGUGAAGUGCGCCGCUCUUUCCACAGGCCGGAGCCACCUCGCGACCGCCCAGAUCGCAUUGAAAGACAACACCACGCUCAUCCGCGCAGCGUGCCGAGAAACCUUAACAUUGCUUCUGUCACCGAUGCUGAUUCAAAUUUAGACGGCGAAAUGAUUGUGAAAUCAUCUGGUGGCCGUUCUCGUGCUCAUAGCGAGGAGCAAGUGGUCUCUGAACGUGGUAAGGUCAAGCAGGCGCAACCACACGUUCCAAUAGCCGCUGCGCAGCCGCAGAUUCCGCAAUCACAGGCUCCCCUGCCGCAAUCGGUGCAACAGACUCAAUUUCCUGGGCCGGUGUUGCCUUCAGAGACCUUACCAAGUUCGCUACCACCACAAAGCACUCUACCGCUCACGGUCGAUAAGCCGUCGUGCGGUUGUAGCUACUCCGGGAAUGGGGACCGAGCGGCGGAGGUCCGGGACUGCGCCCCGGGGGGAGACGGACGAACCGGACGAUUACCGCAGCGAGUGCGAGAACUGCAAGAGUACGGAGGACGCCAGUUGGGAGGAGGGCUCGGGCUCGUGGGGUUGCGGUACGCAGACCCUGCAGCGACGCGCGCCGCCACCAGCUCCACCACCGCCGCACACAGCCACCUUACCGCAGCCGGUUACCAGACACGAGCGAAAUCAAAUUGGUCAGCCGUCUAA